GUAGAAAUGAAAUUCAUACCAAGAUUUCUUGACAGCAACCUGUCUACGAAUAUGAGGCGGAACUAUAUGUGAUAGCACCGGUAACCAAUGUAAAGUUGUAGAUCUUAAAAGUAUUCAGCAACAGAGAAAAACGCUUUGAUACAUCCAUAUUUCCAUAGUUACCCAAAACUUUCCUUAUUUUUACCCUAACUUCCAGUGUCGAUGUAAUAAAAUCACUAAUCAAAAAGAAGUGAUGGAUUUUGUAGUUGACAGAGUAUCUGAAGAUUCAUUUUAUGAAAAUUUGUUGUUGGGGCUGCCUAAAAUUCUUGAAGAGUUCCCAUGUAUUACUGAACCCUACCUCAAUAGAGCUCUGCCUGUUCAACAUAAUAUAAUUUGCACUUGGGAACAAAAAUACAGUGUGCUCCUACCAGAAGAUCUGAGGUCGUUUUAUGGAUCUACAGAUGGAUUAUUAUUCUCCUAUAAGUACAACUUAGCAGAUGACUGUGAUGGACAAGCACUCAAAGGAAAAAUAGAAGUCAAUAGUUUGAAUGAUUUGGUUCAAAUAAAUGGAUAUGAGAUCAGCACUAGUCCUGGGGUUAACAUGGAAACUGAGAGAUAUGUUCUGAAAUUGGGAGCUGAAAGUAAAGUAUUUGUAUUAGAAAAUUUGGAAAACUUGGGAAAGGUGGUUCUAGUUUACAUAAACUCAAGAUAUUUCCCAAAUAUAUGGGUACAAACUAACAAAUCAGAAUUUUAUUUUUUGUCAGACGACUUCACAACUUACCUCAGAAUGAGUAUUCAUCAUUUAGGAAUACCCUAUUGGCAAUUUGCCUACACGGAACAUGGGAUACCAGAUUCUAGCAAGAUGCUUUUCCGAUUAAUGGCGCCUAGGAUAAUACCAUCAGAAGAAAAAAUUGAAGAUGCUAGGAGAAAGCAAGAAAACCCCAGACAAGAAGAUUUCUCUGAAAAUAUUUUAAAUAAAAUUGAUGUCGCCAUUUUUAGAACAUACUACAGAACCUCUGCUCCAAACACCACCAGCAUUAUUGAACAAACAAAUUCAGCUACAAUGGCCAAAAAAAAGAUAAACAGUAAGAAUAGGCAGCUAACGACUAUAAUUAAAAAGAAUCAAUUGAAGAAGUAAUAAAAUUUGAGAUAAGAACUUACUAUUCUUGCUUUCCAAUAUUUUGUUGUUGGGGGAUUCGACCAUUCUGAAUGGCCAAAUAACAAUAAAGGUACAUUUUAGAAUUUUAUUAAUCCACAAAUAACAUUUCAGUUCACAGACUUCCAUCUAUAAUAAUAUACAUUAAACAUUUCUUCAAUUAACAUUUAGAUAUUUUUUCUUCGUUCUAUUCUACACAAUUAGUAUGAAAAUAAUAACAGUGGACAUAACAUGAUUAUGGUUUUAUAAAAGUAAAUUCUUAUAUUGUAUAAAUAUAAAGGAUGUGUUAAAAAAAACUAAUUGAAGUGAAAAAACAAAUGUAAAUAUGGAUUUAGUUGGUACAUGUAUAAAAAAAAUGAUGAAAUUAUAUUAUUAAGUUAACAAUUAAUAACUGAAGAAGAGAAACUGAUGAUCACAGAUACAUUCAUAAAUUUAAGGCACUUUUUUUGUAAUACAAUUACUCUCAUCAAGAAUUUUUGAGAAGCCAAUAACAAAACUGAAUUAUUGGAUCAUAUUAUGUAUAAGACUGUAAUUUAAUCAAUUCAUAUAUUUAUAUAUUGAUAAAUUCAAUUCUUUGAAAAUUCAUUCAGAACCUUAAAAAAAUUCUUGACAAAAGAAUUUCCUUCACAUAUAUUUCAGGUUAUAUAUUUCACUAACAUUUAAAUUAUAUAUGCUAUUGCUAUAUCGAAAUAUAUUUACAAAUUAAUUAAAAAAAAAAAAAUGAGUAACUAUUUUGAUUUCUGUACAAAGUGCUUUUGGAUAUAGCAAUAGUGAAUUUAAACAAUAAACAUCUCACAAAUUGACUAGUUUGAAAAAACACUGGACUUCUACUGCCAAAUUUCAGUACAAUUAUAUUAGUAUAUCAUUUAUUGCAACUUUUAUAUAAUGAAUGUUGCAAUAAAAGAUAUAAUAAUCAUUAUUCAUGGUGAAAAUUAGAGAAUAAUUUCCCAAAUGUCCGAAUUUGAAAUAAACUCAAUUCAGGUCAACAUAAAUA